AGGCGGGGAUGGGGUGUCCAUUUGAAUGCAAAUGCGUGACACUGUGACAGCAAGGUGCUUAUUAAACUGAUGUGUCCUCCUGUCUUUUCUGCCGGGAGCUGAGGGGAGUGAAAAGACGCGGGGCAGCAGGAGGAGCGAGUCGCAGCGCGCUGGGGUUGUUGCUCACACCAAGUUCGGCCAACUCCAAACAAAUUACUGAAUCGACAACCAAAAAUGGCCAGUUCUGCGUCCUUGGAGACGGUGAUGUCCGCCAGGACCGGGCCGUCCGCGGCCCCCAAGACCCUCGCCUUCUCCAUAGACCGGAUCAUGUCCAAGAGCUCGGAGCCGAAGCGGGGCGCGGAGGAGCGGUCCGAGGGGAAGAGGAUGCUGGGGCUCUGCUCCCCGAUCCCCUGCAUGUUCCCGCUGCAGCCCUUCAGCUACGACCUGCAGGCCAAGGCGCUGAUGAACUACUCGGAGCUGUGGAGAGCUAGUCUCAGGGGGACUUUUUGCGGCUCCGCAGCCGCACCGUGCAAGGGGAACUGCGGCAUGUGCGCCAAGGCGGAGUCGGGCUUGAAGCAGCAGCCGCUGCUGUCGUCGGGGAGCCGGGUGGUGAAACCGCAGGUCAUCCACCAGGCCGUGUCCGUGCCCCCCGGCGGCUCGCUCUACUAUCUCAACUACCUGGACUCUGCGUACCAGCAGUCGGAGCUGUUGGCCGGCCACUGGUUCUCCAACCAGCAGGCGCAGGCCUCGCUGUCGGCGCACCACAGACUUUUACUUCUGGAGAACGCCAAACUCGCAACGAUCGGGUCGGAGAAGCCGCCCACGCCGCAGUACCCUCACAAGGAACACCUGCCGGGGCAGCUGGACCAGAUAGUGAAGGAGAACCACGGCCUGAGUGCCGAGAAGAACGGCGUAAAGACGCACAGUAAACCGAGCAGCAGCUGCACCGGCGCGGCGGACGCCAAACCCAAAAACUUCACGUGUGAAGUGUGUGGAAAGGUUUUUAACGCGCAUUACAAUCUGACCAGACACAUGCCGGUGCACACCGGGGCCCGGCCCUUCGUGUGCAAAGUGUGCGGGAAAGGCUUUCGGCAGGCGAGCACGCUGUGCAGACACAAGAUCAUCCACACGCAGGAGAAGCCUCAUAAAUGCAACCAGUGCGGGAAGGCGUUUAACAGGAGCUCCACGCUCAACACGCACGUGCGGAUCCACGCCGGCUACAAACCGUUCGUCUGUGAGUUCUGCGGGAAAGGUUUCCACCAGAAAGGGAACUACAAGAACCACAAGCUGACGCACAGCGGGGAGAAGCAGUACAAGUGCUCCAUCUGCAACAAGGCCUUCCACCAGGUCUACAACCUGACCUUCCACAUGCACACGCACAACGACAAGAAGCCCUUCACCUGCGCCACCUGCGGCAAGGGCUUCUGCCGCAACUUUGACCUGAAGAAACACAUCCGGAAGCUGCACGACAGCGUGUUCACCGCGCCCACGGAGCCCCCCAGGGAGAGGGAGCCGCAGAGCUGAGGCCCCGGACCGGCGGGGGGACGCGCGGAACCGCUUGUCCACGCAGCUCGUCCAAUGACAUUUGGGGAAGAAUCUCUUCAAAGGGAACCGUGGUCGCGCCUUGCGAUGUUGGAUCCUGUGACAAUGUGGCACAAAAACCCCUCCGUCCGCGGGGGACACCCGGGGGACACCCGGGGGACAGACCGCGCGAUGGAACUGUAAAUAAUAGGUUAUGGAAAUAAUAAUAAAAAAUGUUAUUUAAUAUGUGGAUCUUUGCCACGUCGUGUAUUUCACAGAAAAAGAGAGUUCGUGUGAAUAAAUAAGUUAUAACUUAUAAUGAAAAUGAA